GGAAGCUGACUGGGAUGCCAAAAAAACCCUGAAUACAGCUAUAUAUAUAUAUAUACACAAGUUACUUCCCAAAAUACCAUGAAAAAAUCUCAACCCCUCAUGCGAAAACUUCAAUUUCCGUCUUAAUUUUGCUCGAAAUUCUUCAAUUUCUCAUUUCUGAUCAUCUGUGUCCGUAGCCAGUGAAGAAUCUUGUACUCGUCAAUGGCUUCCUGCAAUAUCCCUUGCAGUUCGCAGCUCCAAUUUCACUCCAUUUCUUUUAGAAAGAAUUUCGUUUUCAAUUCACAUAGUUCUCACCGGUCACCCGCUUUUGCCUCGAGGUUGAAGGAACAAAGGGCCAUUACAUGCAAUUCCACCGCUUCCAAACAACAAUUUGAGAUAGUUUAUGAUCCUGAUGAAAGGAUAAACAAAUUAGCCGAUGAAGUGGACCGGGAUGCUCCUCUUUCGAGGCUUACUCUGUUUUCACCUUGCAAGAUUAAUGUUUUCUUGAGAAUAACCAAGAAGAGGGAAGAUGGAUAUCAUGAUUUGGCAUCUCUAUUUCAUGUGAUAAGCUUAGGGGAUACUAUUAAAUUCUCUAUGUCGCCAUCGAAGAAGGAUCGUCUUUCUACCAAUGUAUCAGGGGUGCCUCUUGAUGAUAGGAAUUUGAUUAUCAAGGCUCUUAACCUCUACAGGAAAAAGACCGGCAGUGACAAAUUUUUCUGGAUCCAUCUCGACAAAAAAGUACCUACUGGAGCAGGGCUUGGUGGAGGAAGCAGUAACGCUGCAACUGCUCUGUGGGCAGCCAAUCAGUUCAGUGGAUGUUUUGCUACUGAAAAGGACCUUCAAGAAUGGUCAGGCGAGAUUGGAUCUGAUAUUCCCUUCUUUUUCUCGGAAGGGGCAGCCUUUUGCACUGGGAGAGGUGAGGUUGUACAGAAUCUUCCACCUCCAGUACCAUUGGAUGUUCCUAUGGUUCUCAUAAAACCCCAGGAAGCAUGCUCUACAGCAGAAGUUUAUAAGCGCUUACGUUUGGAUCAAACAAGCAACGUCGAUCCUUUAACGUUGUUGGAUAAAAUCACAAAGAAUGGAAUAUCCCAAGAUGUGUGUAUCAACGAUUUGGAAGCUCCUGCUUUUGAGGUCCUCCCGUCUCUUAAAAGAUUGAAACAACGUAUAAUUUCUGCCAGCCGUGGAGAAUUCGAUGCCGUAUUUAUGUCCGGGAGUGGUAGCACAAUCGUAGGGAUUGGGUCCCCAGAUCCUCCAGGCUUCAUAUAUAAUGACGAUGAAUUCCAGGACGUAUUUUUGGCAGAGGCCAACUUUCUUACUCGUGAAGCAAAUCAAUGGUAUCAAGAACCUGCUUCGGCAUCGGCUUCUAGUCCACCUUUCGAGCAUCCUGAAUCAGCUAGAUAGCUUCCUCCUCGGAAUGAAAGAGGUUCAGCUUAUGUUUCCUGUUGUUGUGAGAAUUUCUGUAACCACAGUUCAAACUACAUCCUCCAUUGAUGAACUUGGGAGGUGAUCUCGAGUUCUCUCUGUGGCCACCAACCUUUAAUCUUUGGUCUCUCAAAAAAACCAUGACCAAAGAGUGCAAAAUUUGGUAGUGAAAAUGUCAAAAGCAUGAAUAUAAGCAAUGAUAAUAAUCUUACAAAUCUUAAAUCAAAUUUUAUUUAUUAACUUGUAA